AUCGUUGGGUGAAAAACAUCAAGUUGGCACAGCAGUGUUUACGUUUUAUUUUUUGCCGGUGUUUGCAGAGUUUUUAGACUGUAAUUUGGCACAGAAUGGCUGUUCCCACAACGGUAUCCCUGGCGCUAGCAUCCGUCUCGGCAGUGCUGAUCUUUUCCGGCAUGCAAAUGUACCGUCCCCUGUUAGCAUCCUCACAGAUAGCGACGAUUUUCGGUGGAUAUCUCGGGUCCUGGCUAUUCGUUCUCUCUCUGACGGCGGUGUCCAACUUGGAAGCAGUCGUGCUGGGUAGCGGAUUCCAAGCGAAGUUCUUUCCGGAAGUGUUGUUCUGUCUAGUUGGCGCCCUGUUUGCUUGCGGCAUGGUCCACCGUGUAUGUGUUACGUCGUGUAUUCUGUUCUCGAUCGCAGCGCUUUACUACGUCAACAAGAUAUCCCAAAAAGUGCACAACGUCACGGCCGUCCAAGUGGACAGUUACGCCGGAAAGAAGAAGAAAAAGUAGAACCGAAACAACUGGACUCGCAACAUUCUCAGACGGACGGAAGGAAUGGACGGGUCACAACUUCAUCACUCUUUAUACGUAGGAUUAUUGCUUAGCACUCUCCCGAAAGUCGCCGUUGCUAUCACAUAAGAAAAAAUAUAACAUUCUCCAUUUAAAGUAUUUUCACGGUUUCACGGUCGUUUCGUUCGUUUGGGCAACAUUUUUGGUUCGUCUUCGAUACGGUUUCGGAUACGGUUUUCGGAUACAUUUGGCCAGAAAAACAAUCAAUUCAAACACGAGGACGUUUUUGCGUUUUUAAAUAUUGUUAACUAAUUUUAUUAGUUAAUUAUCUAAAGAUUUUCCACCUUUGCUUCACAACUUCUUCACGGCUCCUCGAACUGAUUCCUUACGUUCUU